AUGCUUCGCUAUGCGAAGCGCCUCUCUUUUGCAUUUCAGGGCGUUUCUACUGCAUUUGCGACCUUGCAACCUUCAAGUUCCCUGGGAGCUGAAGGCCAUCAAAAGCCAGCUGACCGCCACGGGACUGCUCCGCUUGCGACGCGUCGCGUGGGCGAUGGAAAGGAGGUUGUCAAGGUGACUUGCACCUUCACCGACAAGGCGUUGCUCGAAACUGGGCACCUGCGCGCGGACCUGGAAGACCUGGACCUAGGCGAGGGUUGCAUGAGCAUGGAGUAUGCCGCUCUUCUUGCGAACCUCCUCUGCUGCGAGACCUCCUCGACAAACCUGAAGGCCUGCGUUUGCAGGCUGAUCAUCGCCGAUGAGGACAUCGGCCAGAACGGCCAGGCCACCGUCUUGGCGGAUGGGCUCAUGCAGCUGCUCUGGAGAGGCGCGCCCUUCCUGGUGACCUACGCCUGUGCUGCCCUGGUGAACCUCUGCCAGGGCCAUGAAGUUGUUCGAAGUCAUCUCAUUCACAACGACGUCAUCCCGCUCUGCAAGCAUAACAUCAGGACAUAUGAUAACGACCUGGUGCUGUACUCGCUCAUGGUUCUGGUUCAGUUGACAAAGAGGUCCAAUCAUCGUGCGUCCGUGGAGCGGUACGGGCUUCUGGAGUUCUGCACCGGCCUGCUGCACUCGCUCCAUGCCCAAACAGAGACGAGGUGGCGGGUGCUGGCCGAGCUCUGCAACAUCCUGGGCCAGCUCUUCGCCGACGAGGCGUCGAGGGAGGCUGCAGCCGCACCAGAGAGUCAGGUCUUCGAUUUCCUGAUGACACUCAUGGAGUCUUCCGUCUCCCAAGGUGUGUCGCCGCUGCCUGACUGGAGCAUCAAGCUUCAGAGCAAGGUGCUGCUCGCUUUGCGCUCUCUUUGCCAAGUGUCGGCAUUGCGCAGGGAGCAGGUCUGUGACCACGUGAGCAAGCCUCUGCCCAAGCUCUUGUCGGCGCUGGGGAACCAGGCGAACCUGGAGCAUGCGGAUUGGAUGAACCAGGCUGUGCUGCUCUGCUCGGCAAUGAGCACCACGAGGGAGCACCUCGUGGACCUGAAGGAGGCUGGCUGGGAGCAGGCCUAUCCGGUGAUGAGCACUUGCCAGACUGCGGCUGAGCGCGACCUUCUCCGAGAGAGGAUGAUGGUCAUCAGCAAUGCGAUUGCCACGCUUGCAGUUCAGCACUUGAACCACUUGAACCACUUGGCGAAGCCUUUGAGGCCCUCUGUAGGCGGAUCGCGGCUGCUCGCGGACUUGCGGCCUGCGGCUCGGAGGAUGCCGCUCUACGAGGAGAAGUUCAUCUGCCCGUUCUCCAUCCGCUUUUCGCAGGCUCGGAUACGGCCCACCUUCCAGGAUGGAAGGGAGGUGGAGGCAUCGAUGGAGCAGAUUUCGGCUGUCUCGUGUCCAGAAGGACCUCUACAACAGAGAUACGAUGUCCUUCUGAGGGCACCCUUUCCACCCAUCGAGAUCAUUCGAUGGUGGCCCAAGCUGCGUGAGGAGGAUGGUGAGACCCUCCUGGAUGAGAACGGCAAGACCAUCCUAGGAGAACCGUGCUGGUUCACCUUCGACAACCGAAGGUUGUACUGCCUGCAGGCAGCAGCCAUCAAGAAUUGGCCUUCUCGAACGGCUGCAGUGGUGCACGUCAUGCAUGAUCUACCCGUGUCCAAGUGCGCGCCCAAGAAGUUCCGCACCACCGAUCUGGGCUGCUCCGUUCGCAUCUCGCGGAGGGACGAUGUUGUGCCGAAAGCCACUUGGACCUGGAUGGAGGCAGCAGGCGCGAUCGAUCGGGAGUCUGAGGACUAUAGGAAGGCCAUGGAAGCCAUCUUUGCAGACGGGAACAAGGAGCACUGGUCAGAGCUGCUGGAUGUUCCGGCGAACUUCACACGUGAGGAUGGUGUCAACGACGAGGAGUAUCAGCUGUACCGGCCGAAAUUCGACGAGGAGGCGGACCCCACGGUGAACACGAGGACCGCCCGGCGGAUUCUGAAAGCUGGUGGCUGCCGCGUGAGCCGAGGAGGCACCGAAGCCCAGGCAGCUGCAGCGACAGUUGCUGCAGCGGCUGCCGCAGCCGCAAAAGCCUCGGCCAUGUCGACAAAGCGUUCGAAGGAAAGCAGCGGCAGGCCGGAGGAAGCGACGGAAGCGGAGACGGAGACGUGGGCUCCGAGCGGGGCCACGGCCCAGUUCGCUUCCGCGAGCUCCAAGGACGCGGCUGCCUACGACGGCUCAGGCUACUUCGAGGAAUCCGAGUACGGCGGGGAUUUCAAUUUGUACCAGCUUGCCGCAGCCGCUGCCGCUUACAAUGGGGCUGCACAAGCAUCGCUCGCAUGGCAGUUCCAACAGCAAAUGAUGCACAACAUGCAGAUGCAACAGUUCCAGCAGCAGCGCCUCCAGCAGUUGCGGGAUCUGCGACAGAAAGAGAAGAAGAAGGCGCAGCAGGCGCAGCAGCAGGCGCAGCAGCAGGCGCAGCAGCAGGCGCAGCAGCAGGCCCAGCAGGCCCAGCAAGCUCUGCUGGCCCUGGCGGCCAAGUCCCUUCCAAAGGCCGCGGCCAAGGCAGCUGCCAAGGCCCCAAGCAGCCCACCAUGCCCACCUUCCAUCUCAGAGGUCGGAUCCACACUUCGGAAGACCGUGAACGGGGCCAGCGGCCUCACGAACCUCACGACUCUAAGCCCCGGCGCCGGGGCCACCAAAGGAGUCUCGAGCGGGAGCGGGCUGCUGGCACCGGCUCCAGCAGCGGGCGACGUUGGCUCCCUCCUCAUGGCCUCUACCCAGGCGAGCAGCACGGCCACGCCGGCCUCCCCCGUGAGCUCGUCUUCUGCAGCGCCCUCGCAACCAUCGCAGCCGGGGCUGCUGGACUCGAAGGUGCCAGCGCAGCAAGAGGAGGAUGUCGACUGCAAUCAGCAAUGA